GAAGCGGGGCGUCAAUGGUCACCCCAGCGCCGAACCACCAACAUCGCAAGUAAACAAAUCAAUUGAGCAUCUCCUGAACUCGCACACCGACCCGCAAGCCUCAUAUUCUUGCUCGAUGUCUAAUUGCACCACGAACUAAACUCAGCCCCCGGAUGGAGUUCCCACCCUUGGCACGACAACACGCUCGAUUGCGUGAGAUGCCGCAAACCUGAGGAUGCACCAAGCCAAAACGAAACAUCCCCGAUCAUCACCAUGGCGAGCCUGCACAGCCCGAUCCCGGCCCUCUACACCGUCUACGUUUUGCGAUCAACCAUCCGCCAUGCAUCCUUUUACGUCGGUUCCACGCCGAACCCACCGCGCCGGCUGAGCCAGCACAAUGGCCUCGUGGGCGGCGGUGCCGUCCGCACCUCGCGCGGCAACCUCCGGCCCUGGGAAAUGAUCACCCUCGUCUCCGGCUUCCCGAGCUCGACAGCAGCGCUGAAGUUUGAAUGGGCGCUCAACAACCCGCACCUCUCAGUGCACAUCCCAUCCGCGCUGCGCUCAUCCGUCGUGACGCGGACCAAGCGCAAGCGGGGGAAGCCGCGGCGGCCGGCCAAGAGCAUGGCGUCGGUCGCGUCCUGCCUGCACCUGCUGCUGCGCGUGCCCAGCUUUGCGCGCUGGCCGCUGCGCGUGCACUUCUUCAACCGCGACGCCUUUCGUGCGUGGGAGAAGUGGUGCUCUACUACUGCUGUGGGCGAGGGGUUGAUGGCGGGGUUGAAGGUGGUGACGGAUUUUGGGGGGGAGCGGAGGGCCGGGGAUGGGGAGGAGGGUGAACAGUCACCGUCACCGCCGCCGUGGGGCAUACAUGCGUUGCCGUUGGACUACGAGCCGGUUAAGGAGUAUGUGGCUAAGGGGCAGGAAAUCUUCGAGUUUGAGCGGCAGGGGCGAUGCCUCGUCUGUCGAGAGGAGAUGAAGGCGGGGGAAGGGCUGCAUGCGCUCUGCACGCACGACGGCUGUGAUGGAGUUGGCCAUGUCUCUUGCUGGGGCCGACAUUUUCUCAAGAACGACGAGGCAGGCAGUAUAGUGCCGGUUCAAGGCCACUGCCCGAAGUGCAAGAAGGCGGUGGACUGGGGCGACAUGAUGAAGGAGCUGACGCUGAGGGUCAGAGGCCACAAAGAGGUGAAAAAACUGCUGAAGCGGAAGCCGAAGCGCGUUACUAAGGAAACCAACAAGGCAUGAGUGAUGGGUUUAUAUCAUGGAGAUUCAUCGGUAAUUUUGGGGCAUUGGAACUGGGCUUGGUUUGUUUUCGGUACGGCGUCCAAGGGGCCAGGACGGCAGCAAUUGCAAAUGUUAAGAUACCCGGAUGGAUCGGUAGUCCUUCAUAUUGAAUGCGGUGGG